ACAACUUCUCCUUUUUUAUUUAAUAGCUCAUGGUUAGAAAAUUGCUUUAUAAGAACUAAUGGAACCGAUAGUAUUCACCCCCCGUUUGUACCAGCAGAGAUACAACUUUGUGGUGUCCUAUGUGGAUCAAUACAAACCUAAAAAGGUCAGUGUCUGUCUCUUUACUUCUGUUAGAAUUAUAAUAAUUAUGUUUUAGUAUCUCACUGUGACGGAAUGCCUGGCACCCCGACUGGGUACCCACGUCAAUCGCUGCUUCCUAGUAAUCCUUUAGUACCAUAAGCACCGCACUUGACACCAUAACCACUGUAAACCCCACAAACCGGCGCAGCUUGGUUGGGGUCUCGCUGUCCUCCACCCACCCUGGGCCCAAGACCAGGAUCCAGCUUCCAGUGGGUAGACCUCUCUUAGUCCAUAGAGCAAAGCAGGCUGCUCUUACAAGAGCAAUCUUUGUAAUCCAAGGGAGUAUAGUGAUUAUUGCAAUCCCCAGAGUGAAUAUAGCUCUCCAAUUCCACAAACAUGAGCCUAGACUUCAUGGAGGAUAAAACGAAUCUGUUUAAUGGCAGCCAGAACUGGCCUUAUAUGCAGGUCCCCAUGCAAGGGGCACUCCCCCGGGACCUGAGAGUAGACUACAGUAAAAACAUACACGAUUGCAUUGGCUCUCAGGUCCAGGACCCUCCAAUACAAAGUAGGUCAAUCCCUCUCCUGUGCCUGGGAGAUAAUUGAGUCAGCACUGUAUUAAACUCUGUUAUCUCCAGGCACAGAAAACAUGCAUUUUUACAAAACCCCCAAAGCGGUAUUAGAAUAGGGGGUGGGGGAGUGUAUUAGAUUGCGUCUGCAUGGAGGUGCUGAAUGCUCCCCAUGGAGAUGCUGAUUGGCUGCGCAGCUUUUUGCUACACAUGCGCAAUAGCCUCCCAAUGCUUUCCUAUUGGAAAGCAUUUUUUUGGCUGAGCUGAUCAAGUUUGAUCUCAGCCAAAGUGAAGAACACACUCAUAGGACUUCAAAAUCAACAGGAUAGCGUCAUUUGUUUUUUACAGCUGUGCAGCAGCAUACAUUCACCAUUUCAGUCCCAUUACCAUAAUAUGUCAAGGUAGUUGGACUGAAACAUUGGUUAUAUGCAAAUACCUAUCUCCUUAAAAUGAAUUUGCUCUUUUGUUUACUUUGAAGCUCUACGAGCUUGAGAACAUCCAGUGUCAGUUAGGCAUCUUUCUUUUUAGACUGUACUUUCUGAAAGAAACCUACGUUUCUAUGAAAACUGAAAUGUUUGUUUUUUUGCUGCCCACAUAAACUUAAACCUUGUUUAUUUAGCCCGUGUUAGCCUUUGAGUUUGACAUGCUUGUUGUACGGGGUCAUAGAACACCCUGCAUAUUUAGUGUGUGCAGGGUUAAAUCCCUGCUCAAUCGAUGGAAUCUAGGGAUUCCCUCUGUCUGCUGGGGCCCCAGACUUUUAGAUGAACUGGGAGCCAGUGCUUCAAACAGUUCUUUAAUUUGACAUUUAAAUGCCCUAGUGAUUUCAGUGUGAGCAGGAUUAAAUCCCUGAUCACACCCCUAACCCCACAUGUCAAUGAAUAAUCGGCCUCUCCUUAAAGUGCGUAAGCCAGUUUUAGUGGCCCCACACUUUUUGAUGCGCUGUUUGCAGUGUUGGAAGCAGCACUUUAAAUAGGUAUUUAAAUGUCUAUGUGAAUAAUGCAACGUGAGCAGGGUUAAAUCCACCACUAACCUUAGGUAUCCACCAUACCUGGGGCUCUUGUAAGUAAUUUGUAGUAUACUCAGUCAGUUCAAUAAGCUCUGUGCAGCAUUGGAAGUCACCAUAAGGUUAGUGGUGGGGUUAGAUUUUUGGGUAAGAGUAUGGUAGAGUUACACUUCGUGUUGGGGCAGGUUUAUUAGGGUAAGAUUUCGGUUAAUGUUUUUUUAGGGUAAAGAUAGUAUAGGGCUGACGUUAAGAGUAAAUUACCUAAAAGUUAGUUAAAGGACCACUCUAUGCACCCAGACCACUUCAGCUUAAUGAAGUGGUCUGGGUGCCUGGUCCCUCUAGGAUUAACCCAUUUUUUUUAUAAACAUAGCAGUUUCAGAGAAACUGCUAUGUUUAUAAAUGGGUUAAUCCAGUCCUCAAAUCCUCUAGUGGCUGUCUCAUUGCCAGCCACUAGAGGCGCUUGUGUGAUUCUCACUGUGAAAAUCACAGUGAGAGCACGCAAGCGUCCAUAGGAAAGCAUUAUGAAUGCUUUCCUAUGAGACCGGCUGAAUGCGCGCGCAGCUUUUGCCGCGCGUGCGCAUUCAGCCGAAAUGGGAGGAGCGGAGGAGGAGAGCUCCCCACCCGGCGCUGGAAAAAGGUAAGUUUUAACCCGUUUCCUUUCCCCAGAGCCGGGCGGGAGGGGGACCCCGAGGGUGGGGGCACUCUCAGGGCACUAUGUUUUCCUGGCACUAUAGUGGUCCUUUAAUGUAAGCAUUGGGUAUAGUUGGGUUAGCGUUAACUAUCAAAAAUUAAUUUAGGUCCUAAACAAAUUAGCUAUUUAAUAAUCCGGACUGAUAUAUUAAUCUAUUUUGAGUUCUUUUUAAUUAGUUGCACUGGAUGUGUAAAAAUUAUUAUAAGCCAAAGUGUGAAUUGUUUUCUCUAAAUUAUUUCCUAUUUGUAACAUUUAUUUCACAAGUACUGUUGUGUUAGGUAUACAUAUAGAAUGUUAAAUGAAAGCCUUUUCUGUCCUUUAAAAAUUGGUUUAUAAUCUGUAUCCGGUACUUGAAGAAAAAAAACCUUAAAUUACGGUGGAACAAAGCUUCUGCUCAAAUUCAAGGUUUUGUUUUGGUUCAGAAUGUUGACUAUUGCCUCCGUCCCUGACUUAGAAAUAUAUAGAAUGUGUCGGCAGAUAAGAACCAUUUGCCCGAGGGGGUGUGGUCCAACCGUCGACCGAGCUGGACGUGUGUGUGUGUGAAGCUCUGCUCGGCACAUACCGCUAACAGCACACAAAAGCAAUGGGUACUGGCCCACUGUCCACAUGGAUAAGCGCACCCCACGUAAACACCCUAAAAAAGCGUCCGAAACGGGCGUGAAAGUGACUGACCUGUUUGCGGCCUCCCGCGUGGCUCAGGCUGGCAACCAAAAUGGCAGGCGAUAACCACCGAGCACCACUGCCUCAGAUAAUGAAGAGGACGCUGGACCCUCCUCACUGCAGCCUGACACAGCCCAAAUCCUCAUGAAGCUGUCAGAAGUGCGCUCCUACCUGGCAAGGGAGAUCACCUGCUCCACGAGCGAAGUCAAAGCAGAAAUACAUGCUCUGGGAGCACAAACGACCAUCCUGGAGCAGAAAUUGGAAGAGACAAGCCCACGAUCUGGUGACCGAUAGUCUCAUCACUCACAGUCCGGCUCCAAACCGCUGAAUCCACCAUAGAAGACCUAGCUAACAGGUCUUGGCGCAAUAAUAUACGCCUGAGAGGCUUGCCGGAUAGAGAUGGAGAGGUACCAAUGACAGACAUUAGGCUCCCCAUCCUGAGACCGUUAUGCCCUGACAUACCGGGAGAACUGUGGCAUGUUGACAGAGCUCAUAGAGCCCUGAGAGCUUGGAGAGCCGACGACUCACAACCCAGGGAUGUCAUCAUCCGCUUCCAUUUCUUCCAAACCAAGGAAGCCCUGAUGGCUAAAAGCAGAGAUGGCCCAAUCCACUAUAAAGGCGCGGAACUGACGCUGCUCCAAGACCUCUCACCAAUCACCCUCCAGUGGCGCAGAGAAUGGAGACCAAUCACUGACUUACUGAGAUAGAAGAACAUCAAGUACGCUUGGGGCCAUCCAUUCGCCUUCAAAGAUGGCCGCCCUCACACCUUGCAUCUCACCGGUGAUCCGGGAGUCUUCCUACGCAGCCUGGGGAUCCAGACUCUGGUCCAGAUCCUGGCACCAGCGGACAUAUCUGAACUACCCACUCCAGAGAGUGGCACACCGUGUGCAGGUAACGACCACCGAACCGCCUUCACUGGGGUCACUAGAGGCACAGGUACUGGGGCUCCUGUCUGGGGGGCUGAGUGGCUGAACAUUUGAGGGGGAGAUGGAAAUCUUAUGCCGCUGGCCGCGGCCUACAAAAACUAGGAGGCCUGCAUUGUGAUCAUGGGGAAAGGCACACUACUGGACCCGCACUCGCUCAGGCUGAGCCACCGUAUUGAGGGUUGGGAUGUGCUAUUGGCGGGGUUUGGCGUUAAUAGGCUGGUGGGGUCGCCCUGCUGCCCCGACAGAGAUCCUUGCAGGCCGUAGCCUGAGUAGCCGGGGCAGCAUACACACUCAGGACUUUCAUCUGAACUUCCUUGCUUACCGUAGCCCCUUUAUGUUACUGUCUAUAUAUGUUUUAUAAUUGUGCCUACCACUAUAUACUCUCACACACCUAUCCAAACGCCUAGUAAAGACUUUGUGAACACAGUUACGGUAGCACAGACGGCCACGUCGCUCUACCUCCAACAUAUGGAGCUGAGGGCUUCCCUACACAUGUGGGUGCGGAAUGUCACCUCCUCACACACGCGCCUACUGAUAGCGCUAGUGAUCCUACAUACCACAUUCUCAAGUACUAAAGGUUACAGUUAAGUUUUACGUUCUGGUCACACUUUACUAUGAGUUAGUGGUUCCACCGAGUGACAUCGACUAGUUGAUCAAUACCCCAACACCUCUUGCACGUACACAGUGUAGGAGAGUCAUCGAGACACACGCCCCGAUAAUACCUGGCGAAAGCUAAGACCACGUCUUCCUUUCCUUCCUUCAUCUAUUCCCUUCCCUCUCCCUUAUCUUCUCUUCACUCGGCCGUCCGCUGGUGGGGGCACCGGAGUGGGCGGGUGGCGGGGGACUCGGCGCCCGGCUGGGGGACUGCUGGUGGCAAGGCCCAGGCAGCUGAGCAAUGUCCUUACACUUAAUAUCCCUUAAUGCAAAGGGGCUGAAUGCCCCCAAAAAACGGAGGCUCAUGUUCCGCGAGCUUAAACGUUUGAACGCGGAUGUUGCAUUCUUACAAGGGACACACUUGCCCCAUGGCUCCCAUGUGGCCCUGAGAGAUCACAUCUAUUGCUCUGUUUUCGAGGCACUAGCGUUCCGAAAGCACAACGGGUAGCCAUAGCAAUACACAAUAGAUGCCCACUUCAAGUCACACAGGCUGUCUCAGACCCGGAGGGGAGGUUCCUCAUACUCUUAUAUUCACACACUCUGCACCUUGUUAACAUAUAUGCACAUAAUGAUCCAACACCAGCUUUCUGGGACGACUAUUUGCCUCGUUUCCACUGAGCGUAACGGUUCGGUAUGGUACGCUAUUUUGAGUGUUUCCAUUAUGAAAGGGGCCCAUACAACCGAACCGCACCGUUCAUGGUCCCCUUUCAGAUAUAGGGCCAUAGGAAAUGGUACGUUACGGUUAGGGCGGCGCUACUAGCGUCACACUAUACAAUCCAUUGAUUGGCGGACAUGAAAACGUCAAUGCUCACGAAAAAUGACACUCUAGGCAUUUUUUCUAAACCCCACAUGGCCCCUGGUGGUCCGACUUGCAGUGGAAAAGCUCACCCGAAUAGGCUGGACCAUUCUAACCCUUCCAAAUUGUACUGACCCAAACCGUUACGCUCAGUGGAAACAAGGCAUUAAUGACCCAACUUGCAGACCUUCCCCACGGGUUCGUAGUCGUUGGAGGGGAUUUCAAUGCAGCCCCAUGCCCGGCGAUAGAUAGGAGCUCUAGAGACGGACAGCUGCGUUCUCAGGGACGAGGGACCCAUGACAGACUACUCCACGGCUUCAUACAACAAACGGGACUCAUUGACAUUUGGAGAGCACAUCACCCAUGCACAAGGGACUACACAUUCCACUCUGCUCCCCACAACACAUACUCGCCUAUGUAUAUGUUCCUAGUUAAUGGGGCAAUGGUGCCCAGAGCGACCCACUCACAUAUCGGCACUAUAUCGUGGACAAACCACGCAGACAUAGCGCUAACACUGACCAACCUCUGUGCGGCUACCCCGUGGAGCUGGAGGCUUAACACAGCACUCCUAAGGGACCCGGCAGUGGUUGAUACAAUAAAGGAGGAGCUGAAAGCUUACUUCGCCCUGAACACCACAGAUAACAUCCCCCCCAGCUACCAUUUGGGCAUCACAUAAGGCCGUAAUUAGAGGGACCCUAGUGAAACAAGCCACCCUUAAAAAGAAACCGUAAUAACGGACCAACUUGCCACCCUACGCAGAGUAGAACAACAACACAAACAAAACCCUACCCCAGCCAAACUGCAAGAACCGCGAGCAAGGUGCUUAGAGGUCAAAGAAACACUCUUAGAUGACACAGCUAGGUCACUAAACUGGACGAGAAGGACCUACUAUGACAGGGCAAACAAAAUGGACUCCCUGCUAGCCAGAACGCUAAGACCCAAACAGAAACAUGCGCACAUAACUAAAAUCAAAGACAGGCUAGGGAACCUACAGACCACCAACUGACGUAGCUCAGGUUUUCACCGACUAUUUUCAGGCCCUAUACAAUCACUCCCCUACUCAGCGGGGCCGGGAACUAGAGGAGGAGGACAACGUCAGCACAUACCUACAACAACAAGACUUACCAAAACUGACAGGAGAGACCAUCCAAGUCUUAGGAGGCCAAAUCACGGUAGAUGAAAUAGAUGCCCAAUCUCAUCGCUAAAGGAUAACAAAGCCCCGGGACCGGACAGCUUUGACGGGCCUACUUUACAACGUUUAGGGAGGAACUGGUCCCUCACCUGACGACAUGGUUCAACGACCUCAUGGACGGUUGCAGCACGGACCGAGACAUGUACCUAGCGAACAUAGUCCUAAUCCCGAAACCGGGCAAAGACAACACUAGCCCUGAGAAUUAUAAACCCAUAUCCAUGAUCAACCACGACGGUAAGUUAUUAGCAAACGUAUUAGCGAUGAGACUGAACUCGUUAUUAUAACGGCUGGUCCACGCGGACCAAGUAGGCUUUGUUCACGAUAGACAACUAUUCGAGAACACACAACGCAAUAUUGACAUUAUCUGGAGGCAGACGAAGACAGGGUAGCCGUCUCUGAUACGCUUACUAGAUGCCAAAAAAGCAUUUGACAGGGUCCUGCCUAUCUGGGCUUCCCAGCCCCAUACAUUACAGCAAUCACCGCAAUGUACACUGAUGCAAAGGCUCAGAUUCGGAUCACCGGGGCCCCGAACAGACCCUUCGGUCUCGGGAAUGAGACUACACAGGGCUGCCCGCUCUUGUUUGUCCUCAAACUGCUUUUACAUAAAAUCAGGAACCAUCCUAAUAUUCACAGGGUGACCAUUGGGGGGGUUAAGGGGGAACAAUUCAAAGUGGCAGGUUACGCAGAUGACAUACUCCUCACACUGACUCACACAGAGGACUCAAUGCAGAUCCUCGUACAGGUGCUAGAAGUAUAUGGCGGCUUAUCGGGCUAUAAAGUUAACCUGGGAAAGUCCAGUGCCCUACCUCUCAACAUGACAGACAUAGACGCCACCUUUAUCACCACAACGCACCAUAUGCAACUAAACCACACUGCCAUUAAAUAUUUAGGAGUCAGAUUAACGGCCUCCCCUGACCAAUUAUAUGUGCAGAACUAUAUCCCGCUUUUUAAAGAUCUGAUUGGCGACCUGAUUAAGUAGGUUAAUAAACCUAUAUCGUGGAUCAGCCGAGUCCACACAAUUAAAAUGAACAUACUCCCCAGAAUCCUAUUCAUGUUCCUGGCCCUGCCUAUCCCUAUCACCUAAACUGAUCUGGCACUGCUCCAACAGACGACAGCGAACUUUAUAUGGAAUAACAGACGACACAGAGUAUCUCGAAACGUUUUGUAUCGCUCAAAGUGCUCGGGGGUUCUGGGAAUGUCCAAUCUUUUUUAUUACUACUUAGCGACCCAGCUGUUGCACUCCCAAUAGGAGGAGAUGGGUAGAUCUAGAGUCUCUCAUGACAGGCACAGAUCUCCCCCAAUUCUACUUCUGGCUACUCAAGAAACACAGGGCGUUUCUCAGAUCGGACUGCCCGUCCAUACUCAACUCCGUCCAGGUCUGGGACAAAUACGCAGUGAAAUAUGGCCUAGUGAGGCUCCCUUCCCCAAUGACACGUCUGUUUAGGAACAGAACAUUCCCCCUGGGGAAGAAACCCCGAGACUUUAAAAUCUUGGAAUAUGCUGGACUCCAAAGGCUAUGCCAUAUGACUAACGGAGACCGCAUACUCCAUUUUGACGAAUUAAAAGAGAGGGUGACUCUUACACCUGGAGACUUCUUUAGGUACCUGCAACUUAAAGAUUUCAUCGGCCAACCCAACAUAAAAGAACUAGCUAGCAAAAAUGUUACUUCACUAGAAAGCAUGUGCCUGAAGGAAUCAAUACACAGGGGCAUGAUCUCAUCCAUCAACACCCACAUAGCCUCUAAUACAACAGAAUGGGGCAGCCUCACAUAUAUUGAUCAAAAGGAAUCAGACUUGGGAGAACAACUAGAGGGGGUUGAGUGGCAGGAAAUCUGGGAAGCCAAUAACUCGGUCUCAGUUUUUACAACGGUCCAAGAGCAGGCUUAUAAAACUAUGUAAACAACACCGGUACAGCUCUACCGCAUGCAGCAGACCCCCAACGACCUCUGUUGGAGGAACUGUGGGGGGAAUGCCCAGUAGUAAAACCUUUCUGGCAAGAGGUAGGAAAACUCCUGGCACAGAUCUUUCAGCGUAGGGUGGAGAUCGACCCCUGGGUCUUUCUGCUCUCUAGAACACGGGACGACUGGGUGAGAUCAGACCAAAAACUCCUCCAUAAAUUAACCCUAGCGGUGUGUAGAGCCCUGGCACAAACCUAGCUUCAAGUGAACACCCCACCUCUCUCCGUAGUAAUACAUAAAAUGAAAGACACCUGUCUGGACAGACUGACUGCAAUUACCUGGGGAUCCCUGCAGAAACACAAAAAGAUGUGGGAACCAUGGCUAAACGCUGAUAUGGGUGGUUGAACGGGGUGUCGGGGAGGGCGUCAAGGAUCUUGAGCCCGCCACGUAGGGACCCCCUCGGUGCUCCUGGCUCACUGCUGGCUGGGCCUCUUUGCUGCUUCUCCCUGCCUGGGUCUGCAAUGCUUUCCUAUGGACGUCCAGCGUCUUCUCACUGUGAUUUUCACAGUGAGAAUCGCGGAAGUGCCUCUAGUGGCUGUCAGUGAGACAGCCACUAGAGGCUGGAUUAACCCUCAGUGAAACAUAGCAGUUUCUCUGAAACUAUGUUUUCAGCUGCAGGGUUAAAACUAGGGGGACCUGGCACCCAGACCACUUCAUUGAGCUGAAGUGGUCUGGGUGCCUAUAGUGGUCCUUUAAGUUGUUGUUUCACCAGUAGUCUCAAGAAAAUAUAAAUAAUUUGAACAAAUAUAUGCCAUUGCUGCAUCAUGUGAUGUGAUGAAAAAUUGAUGUAUCUAUUAUUUAAAUUUGUACCAUAAUUAUUUCUCGUCCCAUAAAAGCCGGAUAAAAUGUUUUAUAUGUUGUUUUUAUAGUAAAAGGAAAGCAAACAAUCCUGUCAGUCUUCUGAGCCUCUCUUUUUGUGCAAUAACACUGGCACGCAUGCGAAACAGCAAGUUGUGUCUAAUGAGAAGCACAUGGAAAACGGUGCCGAUCACUUGAUCGAGACUGUUAUAUUAAAUUUUUUUCCACUUUAUUACUUAGGAACUAGUUACUUUAAAGAGUAACACUGUUUUUGUUAGCAGGUAUUCCAUAUUAACCCACAGGGAUGUGGAAUUCAUAUUGCCCGCGACAUGAAGUUCUUGGCAGGAAGAUUUUUCAUUCUUUUAGUCCUGCUGGGGGCAAGUGGCAGGGCUGUCUUGAGGGAAUUGGUGCUGGCAUGGAGUGUAUCUGCGGCAGGAGGAGAACCAGACCCUCUGUCGCUCACUUCGGCAGCUCACAGGGAGGAGUAAGGAGCGGCAGCAACCAGCCUCUCCUCACAAUGCUCAAGAUUCAUGACCACCAGUAUUCAACAUGACGUAAUAUCCUGACGCCUGACACGCUUUUAAUGAGCAGAGACAGCAUGAGACAGGCUGCACAUCCACUGAACAUCAGUUGGUGGUAAUCUGUGCUGUAUGUAGAAUGUGUACUCACAUUACUAUUCAUACUUGAAAAGGUAUCAUUUCAUUUUGCUUUUGCUACUUGUUUAAUCACCUGCAUAAUAUUAUAUUGGAAAUGGUUGCAUGUUUAUACAAUGUAUUUGAACAUUCUGUUUGUCUUUUUGCAUUGCAGGUUGCAGACCUGGGCUGUAGCAAUUGUUCACUUCUGAGAAGGUUAAAGUUUUGUGAUUGCAUUGAGGAGCUUGUAGGCCUGGACAUUGAUCAAAGAUUGCUGACAGACAAGAAGUAAUUUAUUUAUUCGAUUAUUUUAUGAAACAGUGUUCAGCUCUAAGUGCUAUUUUCUAGAUAAGAAACUCCUACUCUGUAAUGUUAUUAGGAUCUUCUGUCAAAAUGUAGAGUGAUUAGAGUUUAAUUACACUUCAACAUUAGUCCAUUGCUCACAUUUGUUUUUAAAGUAAUGGGUACAUCUUGAUAUAGUAACCAUAUCUAAACUUAGAAUGUGACAGACACUGUAAUAUAAUUCAUUUAAUUAGUUUGUCUAUUUUCCAUAUCACUUACCUCACAUUUUGUCAUUGUUAAAUGGAGCUAUUGGUAACGUAAUACACACUGUCAUGGAUUUUUUGGAAUAUGCUCAAGUGGGCAGUUUGUAAAGGAUCUUACAAGAGGAACUCCUUCAUUUCUUAAGUGCAAGCUUUGUCCUUUAUCACCAUUUGUUUACUUCUUUCCCAUAUCAACUGGGAGUUAUUGUUAGUAUGUCUUACCGAACCACUUUUUUGUCAUUUUCUAGUAUUUUAUGUGCCUUUCUCUAGCCUCCUUAAAGGGACACUAAAGUCCCUAGAACCAUUACAGCUUAUUGUAGUGGUUCUCUAGUCUGCAGUAUGCAUGGAGAUGCCGAAUGUUCCCCAUAGAGAUGCAUUGUUUCUAUAUAUCUCUAUAAGGUGAAAUGCAUUUUGCCAUACAUACACAAUAGCCUCCCAGUGCUUGUCUAUGGGAAACAUUGGAUUGACAGAGGUCAUCAAGAUUGGCGAAGGUUGGGUCAGCCAAUCCGGGGAGGGGGGAAAAGGUAAGUUUAAUCACCUUUUCACUACAAUCUGAAGGGAGCCGGUGACCUAAAAAGCUACUCCAGGACUAGAGAACACUAUAGUGUUCCUUUAAGUGCCUCUACUGACCUCUCCCUUUAAGGGUCUUUCCCUAGCGCCCCAUAGUGUCUGUCAAUGCCCACACCCAGUGUUUUUCUUUGGUUCCAUCUUUCAGUGUUUAUUCCACCCAUCUCACCUUACCUGGGUAAUAUACCUUAAAGGUAGCAUGGCCGUCACAGCGUUGCUAAGUUGUCAGUGGUCAACUUUUUUUAUGUUCGGUCUCAACACUAGAAUACCACGUGACUGGCAGCAAUGUGGGGAAUCAGAGUUUGUGAUAUAAUGUUAUAUACUUUAUCUGUCGGUCUGCUGGGAGCUGAUAAGGAUUCUGUUUUUAAAGCUGAAAAGAAAAGAAGUGUUCAGCACUGACAAGUGGACUGGGCUACAACAUCCUGAGUGCAUCUAGGGCGUGAUCCCAGGCAGCUUCCCAGCUUGCUCACUUCUGGAAACUGGCCUAAUCAUCAGCAUGGCCUUUAAUAACAAUGACAGAAUGAGGAUUGGCUGAGGAUUUAUGCAACUUCCUGCUUGCAGAAAAUCUUAGAGCUGAAGAUCAUGGAGAGUUACAGCAAAUACAGUAACUUCAAAAUGUAGGAUUUGCCAAACAAGUGGCCACAUGUAUAAAAUUGUUAUAUAACGUCACAUGUGCUGAUCAUAUUGUUUACCACACUGUGUCUUUUAUCAUUUAGGGAAUCAUUGAAACCACUCCUAAUCAGCUACUUGGAGCCCAAAAAAACUCGACUGACUGUUUCUCUUUACCACGGCUCUGUGACUGAGAAAGAUCCUGCAUUGAUUGGUUUUGAUUUAAUAACUUGUAUCGAAUUGUAAGUAUUCCUAAUACAUUCAUUGGGUAUGAGUUGCGCUAAAAAAAAAUCCAUAUUUCAUGUAGAUACUUUUUUUUAACCUUUUUUUUUUUUUACCUUUAAUAUCUCUGCUUUAUACUUAAUUGUUAUGAAAAAAAGCCUGAUGUAUUACAGGAGGGCUUUUUUCUGAUAUUUAGUUUCAUAAACUGGAGUUGAGAAUGUUUGCUUAAGAGCACAAUUGUACUUUGUUUACUUAUUUAUUUUUUUAUUAAAGCAAUUAAUGUGAUAUAGAUCAUCUGUUCUUUUUUAAGGCCUUAGUUAUAAAGUUGUUAAUAUGCAAGCAGUAGCAAAUAUAAAUACAAGAAGAUUUAAUUUGUGAACAUCUUAACUCCUUCUGGCGGAACCAGCCUCGCCACUGGGCAUUGUAGAAGAUUGAUUGCCAGCCUCCUGUCCUGUGACUAUGGCCCCAUGUUGAAAUGCUUGAUUUUCCCCUGCAAAGACACGAAACCCGGGUCAUUCGGUACUUGCCCUAUUUGAACAGUGAUACCCCAGAUAGCUAUGCAAUGGAGCCCAUGCGUAUAACGAAAAACUAUGUGAAAGACUUUGGCUCCAUGGCAAUUGAACUGUAUGUAUGUGAUCUGAGCGCCAUUCAGUAAUAAUGUGCGCUCAGAUCUAAGCUAUCUGGGGAUAUGUUGAAUGUACCAGUUUUAUGCAAUAGCUGCACAGUUAUAUAUUUUUAUGUAUUUUAUUGUCUUUUGCUACCAUGUGUUCAAUGGAGUUUUGCCUCUGUCCUGGGAGAUAAUCGGAUUACUUCCCAAUUUUCUCCAGGAUAGAGGACUCUGUGGAACUGGUUUGGGCUGGAAAAGCCAUGCUUCAGUGGUCACAAAGGACUUUCAACCUAAGUAUAUUUAUAUUUGAAGGACGCUUAUUUCAAAUAUGUAAUAUUGCAUGCAUACUUUUAAAGUUAUAAGAAUUGUGUAAAAACUGUAUAUUUUCUGCCUGUGCUAAUUAAGUUAGUCUAUUGUCUUGAGAUAAUUGUAUCACAGGCAGAGGGGAGGAUUUCUGGUGGGAGUGGUUUACUUUAUUGUGUAUGUGUUGUAAUGUUUUUAUUGGUCGUUCUAAAAAACCCUGUGGGCGGUCCUGUAUGUGUUAAACCUGCAUAAAAGAAGGCCCUUUGGUGCCAAGUAAAACAGUUCUACUUCACCCUCAAUUUGAAGUGCCGUCUCUUAUUGGGGGAAUCUACUACAAGGGAUUGCUAUGCUUGUCGUACUCCCUUGCUAAAUCACUACUAAGCUCUUGUAAGAGCUUGUUCCUGCCUUGCUCUAUGGAGGAGUCUACAGUGGUUAUGGUGUCUGCUGCAGUGCUUGGAGUCCUCAGGAAGCGCUAGGAGCAUCCUUCAACGGAGGUACCCAGUCGGGGUGCCCGUCGAUCCGUUACACUCCUAUAUUGCGAAAAAUAAAAUCAUAACAUUAUGUUAUAGUGCCAUGUAGUGUGAACUCAGUAAAUAGCUAGCACUAAAACAAACAAAAUGUCACAUGUUCUGCCUCACCUCGUAGUGUCUGUAAUGACAAAUGCCUUUCUGGCAUUGACAGUAGUCCACUCAGCAGGCCUGUACCAGUGUUUCUAACUCCUGCAGCAUGUUAAAGGCCGCUGGCCGCUGCGGAUCCAUUCCAAUUUGUAACCUCACAUCCACCCACGGUAUUGACAACGUCAACGUGCGUAUGACGUCACGCAAGGGACGCGCACGCACAUUCUGGGGUCAAAGGCCGGGUACAUCCAAUCGGAUCUGAAGGAGGCUUAUUAAAACUCCCUUUUCCUCAUUGCCCUGUCGUGGUUUCCCUUAGUAGGUUAUCUGAGAGAGUGUUCCUGAGCGUUUAUUUCUGGUUUUUGACUUUGGCUUCGAUUUGACUUCCCUGACUUCUGGUAUCUGUGACUUUUGGCUUUUCCCUCAUCGUUUUGUCUCCCUAUGUAUCCCUGAUCUCGGCAAGUAUCCUGACUGUUCUCUGGUACGUUAAGUCCGGCCAUUCUAAGGCCCGGUAAGACUUUACUUUUAGUCCUUGAUGUGACACAAUUCUGAGUGCUAGAUCAACUAGUAUCCUGACACAAAAUAACGAUAAAAAAAAAAUACUUUUUGUUUUGAGAAAAGAGUGUAAAAAGAACAAAUUAUUAUUUAACAGACAAUUCCAUCACGGUGGUAGUGUUGGCUAGGGUUGUUACUUAAAAGCAUUGUUCCUCUGUGAGAUAUCAUCUUCCUGGUAUUUUAGUGGUUGGCAGAGUAUAUGCUCAAACGAUCAGGCGGGAGGGGGUGAGGGGUAGGAAGGAAACCAUUCAUAAUGGUGGUGCUGUGGCACAGCCUAGAUGUCUAUCGGCAGGAUAUUAAUGAUGCUAUUCCCCAAUUACAUAAGCACGUUAUGCGCAAGGAAAAAUAAGACAGCUAAACAUAAAAUUGAGGACCGUGCAAUAGAGGGUAAGUAGCCUUGGGUGGUAGUCCAGUUUCAGGUGAAUUUGGCUGCUGUCAAGUUUUGACCAUUCAGGUCUGAGGAUGUGGAGACGCCGGGCGGUCCAGGGUAUUAACUCUGUGACCGUGAAGGGGUUUCAGCCGAUUAGGCCCGUACCAUCCGCUCUCAGUAGCUCAGGCUACGCAGGUGGACUUUGAGUUCCCUGUGGCUUCGUGCCUUAUAGGUGGCACUCGAGUAGGUGAACAGAAGCUGUUUGGGCAGUUUCCACUUGUAUGGAAUGUCCAUUGCUCAAAGGUGUUGUAGGAGUGUUUGCAGUGAACUUUGCCAGCUAAUGGUGCUUCUGGGGAGUUCUGGGUACAAGGCCAGGGUUGAGCCCUCAGAUAGUAAGAGGGUCUUACACCGGGUCGCGGCCAUUAAUAGAGCUUUAUCUUGCAGGUACUGAAAGCGGACGAUUAGGUUAGCAUAUGCGCCUGCAGGGGCUGUUCUUGGUCUUGGCAGGCGGAACAUACCGUCGAGCUUCACCGCCUUGGCCUGUUUUGGCGGCAGCAGUUGGGCUAUUAGCCUUUGGAGGUAGUGAGGCACAUCAGGAAGGCCCACCUUCAUUGGUCCUCUAUGGCGUCAACCCGUUCAGCAGGCGCCGCUUGUCUAGCUCCUUGAGUUUCUGUUCCACUGCGGACAGUCGUGAGUUGUGGGUACUCAAUGCGGCUUCCAGCAAGGCGAUGCGGGAGGUAGCGCUGUCCAGGGCGUCCUUAAAGAAGGCCAUGUCAGCCGCGAUUUUGUCUCUCUGUUCCGCAAACAGGGUCUUGAGCUGGUUGGCAGUGACUGGCUUGUCGGUAGUGGGUUGUUUGGGCUUAGAGCCUGGCACUGGUGCACUUGAGGCCUCCGUUCCUAUGUUGAAGCAGUUAUCUUCCGAGGAGUAAGUAGAGCCCUCGUCUCCCAUCGCCAUUUUGUCCCAUGCGGCUGCUUGCUAUCUCUGCAGAAGUUCCCCGAAAUCUCUGGCCUUUGUCGGCUUUUGUUUUUUUGUGUUUGCUCCCCUUAGCUUUCACUUGGCGACAGGGUAGUGAAAGUAAGGUGGGGUGGAUUAUCCAUGCCAAAAUCACCCAUUUUAUGAGUUUAUGGUCCAGAGCUCUCAAAAGUGCAACUUCUCCGCUUCUUAGUUGGCUCCGCCCUCACAAAAUGACAAUUUUUAUACAUAUUUUGUUAGAUUGCACCUAGAGAAUAUUUUUCAUUAUCUGUACUUUUUUUACAAUAUACGUACCUUGAAGUCUCCCCAAAGGUUACAAAUAUUUAAUGAAUGAGGAUUAAUGUCACUUAUAAAAACCGUUAUUACAGCAUAAAAUCUAUGCUGAAAUUCACAGCUUACUAAUGUAUGACAUUUACACAUGUUUAGUUUUCAUUGUGGACUCUUGUAGGCCUGAUCAUGUUAGUGAAGGUUUGUUUCACAUUCACAUGUAUCCCAUUACUGUUCUAUUCACAUAUAUUUUAUGUUGGGCAGCAUGCAUCAACCUCUCUAGCUGGAGGGUGCUUUUUAUACUCCAAUGAAUCUAUCACUUGAAGCGGUGGGUGAUUUUCUUUCUUUGGGACUGAGUUUACUUUGCAAGUUUCAUGUCCUUCUUUUGUCAGAAAAUACCACUGAAAAUCUUCCAUUUGCAAACUUUGCAAGUUUAACCAUGUCAGCUGUUAGCAGAGGUUAAGAGCUAGAAAUUACAUUUCCAGCCACCAACAAUUUCAUCCUUGGGUGUCUCUGCGUUUAUUUGCUUGCCCAGAAAUAUUUUGUUUAGAUAUGAGCCAGAUGGGGAGACUCAAGGUAGAUCUUAUGACACCUUUUCUGCUCUUUAAGCCUAUCGUUGCCAUUUAAGGAGAAAUAAGACAGAAGUAUAUCCAGUUGACUCCAGAGAAUCUAGACUUUGGUUUGGCAGAAAACCAACGCAUUUUGCCCAAAGACUCAUUGCACCAUAAACAUAGAAUGAGCUGCAUUGGUUAUAGGACCCCUUUAAAUCUUGUUUGUAUUUUGCAAUUAUGACAGAAAUAUAUAUUUAAUGUAUGCUUUGGAACUUGGUGACUACCUCACGGAAUACAGUAGUACCUUAUUUUCCUUUGCCUUGUUUUCCUGCUACAGGAUUGAACACCUGGAAACGCAUGAUCUGGAUAAAUUCCAGGACACACUUUUUGGGUUCAUGGCUCCACAUACAGUACUUGUUAGCACUCCCAAUUCAGAAUUUAAUGUCCUACUUCCCAACCUUACUGGAUUCAGGCAUCUGGAUCACAAGUUUGAGUGGACUCGGGAAGAAUUCCAGAACUGGUGAGUUCAAUUUGGUGUUGGCAUAAAAUGUAUAGGGAUACCUGAAGUUUUUUUUAUGUGUUGUACUCCAAGCAAACGUUGGUCAAAUACAAAAACCUGUAAUAAACAUGCAUAUAUAUGAAUGUAAAAAGGUUGCGCCACAAGAAUACAAUAAAAUACAUGUAGCCAGGAUGAUUGUAUUGCUUCCAUUUGAUAAAGCCCUACGUGGUGAAACGCAAUAUGGAAAUUAUUACUUUCUUGUUUUUUUAUUUGAAUAAAGGAUUUUUGCUCACUAUACUUUUGUACUGUGCCAAAUUACCUUUUGUUUUGGAUUCAUUUAUUUUCUCCUAUUUACUUCCUGACUACUUCAAAGAAAUCCCAGGUGGGGAUCAUACCACCGGCGCCUUAUCCAUAGAGCAAUUCACUAUAAUUAUUAUUUUAGCAUUUUUUUUUAUUGCAUCAGAGAGCACUAUUAUCUGCCUUUUUAUAUUCUUCUCAUUUUGGGUUCAACAAAACUACCUCUCUUUUGAACACUUAUCCCGUAAGUGGGGAUUAUUCCACUGUAUGCUGCUGCAACUCCAUUAAAUGUGAGUGAGAUACCACUGUUUUAUUAUAUACUUCACAGUUAUAUUGAUUUUUUUUUUUUUUUUUUGCACUGUUGGAUUUCCUGUUCUUUCUGUUUUACAUAUCUAUAUGGAUCUUACCAAGGAACCUACUUUCUAGUAGAAGAAUCUGCCAUCUACCCAAGAACUUAUAUUGCAUUUAAAGGUAGUUCCUUUUUUAUUCUGGACUAUUUCAUUUAAAUACUGACAACAGUAUUUUAUUGUAUUCUUGUGGCUCAGCCUCUUUGCUUUUGUUUAAUUCUGUUGAUUCUGAAAAGGGUUGGAGGUAUCCCCUUUUUUUUGGUUUCCUGCCCUGCCUUAUCUGGUUGAUUAGCAUUAAACCUGCUCUCUCUUUUGUACCAUAUAUAUGAAUGUGUAGCUAAGUACUAAACAUUUUAUUAUAUUUUCCAGUUUAUUAAAUGAACACUCCAGGCACCAAACAACUUCAUCUAAAUGAAGUUUUUAUGGUGCCAGAAGGCCCCUGGGUGCAGCCAAUCAUCGACUCCCCAUUCACAAAACAAAUUCACAAAUGCUACGUUUAUUUGCAAGCCAGUUUUGUGAAUGGGAAGUCAGUGAUUGAUUGAGAGUAGAAGCUGACCUCUUUCAGCCAAUAAGAGGCGACACUGCCUGGCAGCACUCCACGCUUCCUGCAACUGAAAUUUCAAAUGUUAGAUGCUCCACUGUAGGCAAUUUAGAGGUUAAACUGGUCAAAAAUGGUUUAACCUCUUGAGAUAAGAGAUCUCCCGGAGCCUCCUUGCACCAUAACAACUUCAUUUAAAUUAAGUUAUGUUGCCUAAACUGCACCCUUUAAAUACCUUUUUUUCAUGCCUAUUUGAAAAUUAUGGAUAAUAUGCCUUCUGGCCCUCUUUAACCCCUUAAAACCCUAACCUUUAAACCCUGUAUGUGACGACUCUUCAGUGCCCUCUGUUGGUGAAACGGACAAUUGCAUUGAUUCGUAUAAUUUCAACAUGUUAAAUCUGUUUUUGCAUAUGUUAAAAAGUUAUGAUUGUAUUAUAUAUGAUGCAUUGUUGUGGUGUUUGUUCUUUAGGUUAUGAAAGUUUGUUUAAAUUUAUAUGAUUUUCACCACAUGCUUACAGGGACACUGUAGUCACCAGAGCAACUACAGCUUAUUGCAUUUGUUCUGGUGAGUAGAAUCAUUCCUGUAGCGGAAUGUACUUUGCCACAGUACCCCUAUUUGUACUAGGGGCUGUCCAUACCCCUUUGUCCUUUAUUUUUCUUUGAUUGCUACUGUUUGUUACUUGGGGAAACAAGUAACAAACUAUUAUAUUUUAUUAUUAUAUUAUAUUCUAUAAUUUUGUCUGGUUGUUCGGUAAUAACCCCUUUUUCAGCUAAAUCUCCCCAUAUGGUUUGACAAACGAACCAAGUACCGAACAACCAGGCCACCCAGGAGAGGAGCGGGGCGCCAAUUAAUCUUCCUAACCUUGUUCACACUUGCUAACUACAAACGCACGAACAAACUGGGUGAUUCCAUGGGCCACCGUUCGUAUAUAUGCUAACACAUGGUGGCGGCCAUCUUAGAAUACGAACUGCACCAUUGUCGUCGAGUGUCUGGAACCCAAAUCGGACGCUCAAUGGCACGAACACCGCAGAGACUUCCAUCUUCGUGCAAGUUCGUGUAAACUCAAGGGAACAGAGAGGCAUUCAGGGAAAAGAAUCACACGAACGGGAUGAUUCCAACGAACCAUCUUUAUAUACAAUUUUGUGGAUUUCGAACGUAGACCGACCACACAGCCCACCACAUGGAACUAUUUUCAGCUUACACCUUGUGUGCGGUCGGUAAAACGAAGACCUCCAUAAAAUUGUCGAACCCCUGAACUGAUCUGGGUGACUUUUCAGUAUGUUGCUCCCCCAGAUCGGGACUAUCAGUGGAUGUACUUUUGGAAAUGUAUGAAAUUGUUUGUUUUUUCGCUUGGAGAUAAUUGAGUUGAUACAGUACAGAGGGAUUGUGUGGAAUGAAUGGGAGUGACUCAUUACCUGCCUCUGUGUUUAUUGAUUGUGUACUGUUUUUACCUGUGCCCAACAAGGUCCACCUGGGUGGUAACCUUUUGGGAAAAACCUGCAUAAAAGUCCAGCCUGGCCAUUAAAAGUUCAGUUCUGCUCCUAAUACUGAGUGUCAUCCAGUUAUUGGGAAGGUUGAUGGGAUAUUCGUGGAUUAUUGUAUGCUUAUGCCUGCCUUCUUGAAGUAUCCUGUAUGUUCCUGAGUAGCUGUUGGAGUAACCAGCGGAGAAGUCCUGCUAUAGCUAGCUCUCAGCUACAAUUCCCUUCAGACUUUUUGCUGUAAACACUGUCUUUUCAAAGAAAAUGCAGUGUUUACAUUACAGCCUAGUGAUAACUCCACUGGCAGCUCCUCAGAUGGCUGCUAGAGGUGCUUCCUUAAGCAGUCCUGCCUAAUGUGCAGCACUGCCAUUCAGUGUCUCCUCCCUCUGUAUGCAGACACUGAACUUUCCUCAUAGAGAUUCAUUGAUUCAAUUAAUCUCUAUGAGAAGAUGCUGAUUGGUCAGGGCUGUAUUUGACUUGUUUUGGCUCUGCCCCUGAUCUGCCUCCUUGACAACUUCAGGCAAUCCUAUGGUGAAGCAUUGUGAUUGGCUCAGACCACCACUUCUGAUGAUGUCAACAGACAGGUGCAGAAGUAGCAGUUGCAGACUUGAAUACAAGUAAGAUUUUACUACAUUUAGGGUGGCAAGAAUGGGCCAGGGGGGCUAGAUGGUGGUUUUAACACUAUAGGAGAGAAAUAUAUGUUUGUGUUCCUGACCCUAUAGUGCUCCUUUGAGGACAAGUCGGAAAAGGGGUAGUCCUUGUAAAAAAAAUAAAAAAUAAAAAGUGUCCUGAUUUGUUCAGGGAUUUCAGAUUUUUCAGACCUGCUUGCAGGCUGCACUGGUACCAGGGACGUGUUAAAAAAGAGCUAGGCCUGAAAGCUGCAAAUGCCUUUGUAAUGCAGUAUUCAGAAAGAGGGCAGGCAGAGAAGUUGUUACCUACUAUAGGAGAAAGGGAGCAGGUAGAGGGGUCAAAAUCUGUCUGGUAGGAGCUGGACAGGCAAAGUGGUCUCUACCUGCCUGGAAGGAAGAGGCCAGAGAUUGACCCCUCUCUGAGAUGACAUUACAUUACAAAUUGAAGCCUUUAUUAUUUCAGAAACUGAUGAAGAAUUUGCAAAUUUAAGCUACCGUAUAUACUCGAGUAUAAGCCGAGUUUUUCGGCACAUUUUUUGUGCUGAAAAACCCCCACUCGGCUUAUACUCGAGUCAGUCUGUAUUAUGGCAACUUACAUUGCCAUAAUACAGACCAGGACCGCCGGGCUCAUUACAAGCCCGGCGGUCCUGUUGGGGGCUGGCAGUGAGCUGUUACUUACCUUCCUGCAGCUCCUGUCAGCUCCCUCCUCCUCCAUGCAGCUCCUCUGUCAGCUCCGUUCUGCUCCCAGUGUAAGUCUCGCGAGACUUGCACUGUAAACAGAACAGAGCUGACAGGGGAGCUGCACGGAGGAGAAGGGAGCUGACAGGAGCUGCAGGAAGGUAAGUAACAGCUCGCUGCCAGCCCCCCCACUGAACAGCCAAUGCCACUGGACCACCAGGGAUUUAAUAUUUAUUAUAUUUUAAUAAUAAUAAAAUAUUAUUAAAAUUAUAUUAUUAUUAUUUUAAUAUUUUCAUUAUUUUUUUUUAAAUGUUUUUUUGUCCCCCCUCCCUGCUUGUUGCCUGGCCAGAGAGGGGGGACAAAAAACAUUUAAAAAAAAAUAAUGCAAAUAUUAAAAUAAUAAUAUAAUGUUAAAAUAAUAUUAUUAUUUUAAUAUUAUAUUAUUUUAUUAUUAUUAUUUUAAUAUUUGCAUUAUUUUUUUUUAAAUGUUUUUUUGUCCCCCCUCCCUGCUUGUUGCCUGGCCAGGGAGGGGUGACAAAAAACAUUUAAAAAAAAAAAUAAUGCAAAUAUUAAAAUAAUAUAAUGAUAAAAUAAUAUUAUUUUUAAUAUUCUAUUAUUUUAAUAGUAUUUUAUUAUUAUAUUAUUAUUUUAAUAUUUGCAUUAUUUUUUUUUAAAUGUUUUUUUUGUCCCCCCUCCCUGACCAGGCAACAAGCAGGGAGGGGGGACAAAAAAAAAAUUUAAAAAAAAAAAUGCAAAUAUUAAAAUAAUAAUAAUAUAAUAUUAAAAUAAUAAAAUUAAAAUAAAAUGCCCUCCCCUCAUCCAGUUUACACACUGCAUUAUAUACACACAAACACACACACACACUGCAUUCAUUAUAUAUACACACACAAACACACACUCUGCAUUCAUUAUAUACACACAAACACACACUCUGCAUUCAUUCUAUACACACACUGUAAAUAAAUAUUCAAUUAAUGUAAUUUUAUUGGGAUCUAAUUUAAUUUAGAAAUUUACCAGUAGCUGCUGCAUUUCCCACCCUAGGCUUAUACUCGAGUCAAUAAGUUUUCCCAGUUUUUUGUGGUAAAAUUAGGGGCCUCGGCUUAUAUUCGGGUCGGCUUAUACUCAAGUAUAUACGGUAGUUCCACAUCAUGUACAUAAUUCCUAACGUAUUCCUGUUACCGUUACCAAUGAGAGCUAAGCAGGAGCAAGCAUAGCUGCUCAGUGAUAACCACAAGCCACUUUCUCCAAACAUUUUCGUUACAUAAACACUUUUCUAACACUCCAUCCACAGCAGUUCUAAAGGAUGAAAAGUAGAACAAAAGUUCAUAAAUGCAUAAGUAGCAAACAAUAAAAUGGUUGAUGAAAUACAAAAUGUAAAUGUCUGUGAUUGCAAAGUCACCAUUUCACACUUUUAUUUAAAAAUAAAUCUUUCACAUGUAGUCACGAUUCUAGUAUUAACAUCACAUCCUUAUUCCUGUUCAGUUUAUCUUGCCUUCAAGUCUAAUGUUCUCAUUUUAUUUUUAUUGCAGGGCUACAAAUAUUGCCCAAUGUUACAAUUAUUCUGUGGAAUUCUCUGGUGUUGGAGAGCCACCAGCAAAUGCCAAAGAUGUUGGGUUUUGUUCCCAAAUAGGGAUAUUUACUCGAAACUACACCGAGAGUGAAGAAUCUCUAAAGGAAAAAAGAGAGUAUAAGCACAUUUACAAAAAAGUAAGUAUUCAAUUGGAUCACAAUAUUUUCUAACUUGUAAACAAAGUCAACAAGCACUUUUUUCAUAAAUAUACAUACUGAUCCACUGAAAUAUCAGCACACUGUUAAAGCAUCCCUAUCGUUUCCCUCAUACAAGUAAUUACACAUUAAUGCAGUUUUUCAUAGACUCAUAGGUCCCAUGUUUUCAGAGGUUUAGACUAAGAUCAGGGUACUUUGAUAUGUAUUUAUUUAAUGCCAAGUUGCAUCAGUUAUGAGCCCUUGAAAAUUUUCCCAGCAAGACAUGAAAUUACCAUUGAAGCAGUUCUCCAGCUAUUGUGGAUCUAAACAUAUGUAGUACGUUUCUUUACAUACCAAACAUUGAUAAAGUUUCAGAAAUAUAGUUCUUAAUCUGGAAUCUGGUGCUAUUGUAGAGGCUCCCCCUUAGACAAACACAUAUUCAUAAGGCCCCAGGCACUUGUCUAGAAAAAUUGCCUUUUUGUAGCAAAACUAUAUUGUCUCUUGCAAUGCAAAAUACCCCAUUUGCAGUGGGAAGAGUUUGAUCAGUUUUUUUUUUAUUAAUUUCUAUUAAUAACAAUUACAUUUAAGUUGACAAAGUGACUGAUAAUCUGUAUCGGCUCUUAAAAAAUUAUAUUGGUCGAUCUUUAAUAGCGAGAUAUCUAUAUGUUGGAACUGUAAUUCCCCCUCUGACAGCCUCAUCAGUACAUCAUUAGUGGCUAGUGUCAGUUCUGUGCAUGUUCCAUUCAAUAGAAAGUAAUUAAUUGGCUAACAACCAUCAGCUGACACUCAGUGAAUCAGCAUCAAAAUCGGCAUCUGUCUUUUGUAUUUCUAAAGAACUUGAAUGAGGUUAUAAGACCCUUGGCACCCGGAAGGUAAGAGGACAAACCACAGCAAAAUAGUUUGCCCCAUUACCAGGAAUGGCGCUAUGGUGCUUCUUGCAUCAUAACCAUUACUGCAGGCUCUAGUGGUUAUGAUGCUUGGAGUCACCCUUUGAUGGAUACCUGAAGAUGUCAGACAUUUUGUUUGAGACUGAUUGUGCAUGUCAUACCUUUUAGCACUGUUAAUAGACUAGCCACACUAGAAAACUAACUUCGUAUUAUGUAUUACGUACACUGGCUUUACAAAACACAAUGUCAGCAGUGUGCACUCCUGUACUGCAACUUGUCAUGGCAGAUUGAGGUUAUGAUAUAGUCUGAUCAAAGGAACAGUAAGAAUGUUGAAGGUAUAGCAAAGAAAAAGUAGAAAAGGCUAGGUCAUGAAUAUUACACUUUCUCAGUAAAUGAGACUUGCCCCUCUGGCAUAUUUAUUUUCAAUUUGGGAAGAGGCACAGAAGGCUAAAAAGAAAAGAGAGGUUAGCAUUCCAGACCUCUCCCAGAAACAUUGUUACAAAAUAAGAGAUUAUUUUGUAAAACAACAAAUUCAUCAAACAAAGUCUGGAAAGAAUCAUUGUAUAGGCAAUUUGGGAGAAAAAAAUCCAAGUGCACUCGAGAGAAUAGCACCUUUAUAUGCUCUGUUACCCUUUAGCCCUGCCAGGAGUUAAACAGUGGGGUAUGGGCUUCCCAUGGAAGCAAAUUGUUGUUCUUUAAAUAUUUAAACCAUUUGUAGUAAGUGGAAUGUCCAGUAAAAGGCUAAAUGAAUUUCUUUUUGUGAUUCAAUGUAUGUUUUUUUUUUUUUUUUUAAUGAAGUAAACAAACACACACGUAAUGCUUAUUUGUGCAGAAUAAAAAUAAGAUUAUAUUUUCAAAAGGUUUUAAAUGUAGUAUACCCAAGCCUUCAAGAUGAAAAGUACCUACAACAAGCUGUGUUGAAAAAAGCUAUAUCAUAUGCUUAUAACAUGAAGAGAGAAUUACUACGUCGUCUUUUUCCCAGAGAAGAGGAAGAGCAAGAAGAGACUGUGUCUAUAGAGGGCCAGAAUACAUCUUGGCUUGUAUCAAGCGACUUCUCCCACCAUGAACCAGAAAAACCUGCAGAGGAGGGCACAUAUAUAGAACCCUUUCUUCAAGGAAGCACUGUACACAUUCCUAUGGAAAUACUCUUCCGAAACCCAAAAGUAAAGGAGCUUUGUGGAAAUUUUCAAGUUCUGAAAAGAAUGAUUAGUGAAGAUGAUUCUGUGACCAGUGAUGAAAAUUCUGUUUUAUUUGAUGUAGAUUUGGAAAACGAUUUCGAUAUUACAGGUUUACAAUAAUAAUAAAUGGAUAGUUUAUUUGAAGAGCUAACUUUAUUUUGUUAUAAGACGGUAUUUUAUUUUCCCCUGGAUUACAAAGUUCACUACACAGUAAAUAAAGAUGUUACAGCUGAAAUUUUUUUUGUUUGUUUUUUUAAAUCAUAUGUUCAUUGAAGGGUCAAAAAGGUUACAUGAGUGUAAACAUUAAUAAAGUAAUUUAAUUUACAGACUCAAGUGAUCUAUACAUAAGAUUAUUACCCUUCAGAUUUUACAAUAUUGCCAAGAAAAAGUAAGAAAAGAAAAUUGACAGAGAGGGAAAAAAAGGGAAAGCAAAGAUGAGAGAGAGAGAAACUCUCACCGCUCAUUAGAAUGUUAUUUUUUGUUAAAUAUUUUAAUCAUAAAAUAUUCUAUAAGUGCAUAUACAAAACAGUAAGGAUGUAUUUUACAUUUAUAUGAAAACAUUAUUUCAACUGUAUCUUGCCUCAUGUGUGGUAUAAAAACUUGCAACAAAACUUAAUUAUCUACUUAUGUGUAUGAGAAUGUUAUAUAGUUUAAAACGUUCAUUAUUUUAAUGUUCACUGUUCCACUAUUUCUAUCUUCGGGUCAAAUGGAAAAGGGAUUAAUAAAAAGCUUAGGGUUUUGUAUGGAUCCUUAUAGUAAUUGUUAUAAUUAUUACUAUGUAUGCUUCCAGUUUUUAUUUAUUUUUUCUGAGACAGCUGAAUUUGCCAAAACAAUGUUGGCUGUAGAUGACACAUUUUAAGAAUGCUUACAGUGAAAAAAAAAAAAUUAUAGACUGAACUUGAAAAUUAAUUAUUUUGUAUUCAAAAGUGACCUUUAUUUCUCAUAAAUAUAUAUAUCACAUAACAAUGGAUUUCCUGAAAGUAAUUCAAAUAUGUAUUUAUCUUAAAGGACCAGUAUAGUGCCUGGAAAACAAACUCAGUUUCCUGCCACUAUGUAGUCCUUAGGUGUCCCCCCACCCCCACCGUCAGGGCCGCACUCCCCACUUACCAUAAUUCAGACCUGCGCUGGUGACCUCUCUGAUGUCAGCUCCCGAGUGGAGCCGAAUGCGCAUGCGCAGCCAGAGCCACGCGCAUUCAAACUUACUCAAUGCUUUCCUAUAGACGUUCUUUGUGCUCAAUGCGAUUUUCGCAUUUAGCGUCGCAGAAGCGCCUCUAGCGGCUGUCAGGAAGACAGCCACUAGAGGCUGGAUUAACCCUGCAAUGUAAACGUUUAAUUACAGCUCCACGGUUAAAACCCGGGGGACCUGGCACCCAGACCACUUCAUUGAGCUGAAGUGGUCUGGGUGACCAUAGUGGUCCUUUAACUAUGUUUGUGCUAUUAUAUAAAAUGUGGACCAUUUCGCUGGAGUAUAAAGACCAAAGAAAAUCUCACCUUACACUUGAAGUUUUCUUUGUCAUAUAUAUAUAUAUAUAUAUAUAUAUUUAUUAUUUUUUUCCAUCUGAGACCUUUUCCUUUAAGUUGUACUCGAGUACUCAAUUUAGUCCAUUUCCUUCCGCAGAUAUGAAGCCAACCCUACUCUGCAUUUAUAUCUAGCUUUUGAUGAUUUGUUUUUUUUCUCUAUUGUGCUUACUGGAAAUGAGACGUGCAUAGCUAUGCUCUCAAGGAAACAAAUGUAAUGUCCACAAAAUACUCGAAUGAGGGUGUUUGACUCAGCAACAAUUCUGGAUUUUAAAGGGGAUCUGUCACUUCCUCAAACCACUCAUGCUCUUUGCAAAGAGCGUGACAUUUCAUCUAAACAUUGUGCUAGCAGUUUUGCUAGCAAAUAUAUAGAUUGAAAGAAAACCCUAUUUAAAAAUAUUUCUUCUUCGGCCACCUUUUUAUUUUUUUUUUUUAGCAUAGACUGAAUGCUGAAGAAUUGAUUGACAGGGAGAGCAGAAUGGACCACUUGCAUACAUUAGUAUUUCUCUCCACCCAUAGCAACCACAGCACAUGUACUGUAGCUGGCAUGGUAACUCCCUAGUCGAAGCUGCUAGCGCUGGCUAUGGAGUAAAGAAACGAUGUGACUCAUGUCACUUUGUUUAGAUGCUGGAUUGCUGGCAAUGUGUUGGCGUAAUGGAGGUGGUUUGCCCUGCUUGGGGAAGCGUCCCUAAGUAGGGCUAAAAAGUAAAGACUCCAGGAAGAGCAAAGUUUGACUGGAGGUGUGUUUUAAUUAGUGUAACACCCACCUCUGUAAGGAGAUAGAAGCAGGGGAGCGGCGGAUCAGGUAAGUGGUAGCAGGUUCCUUUUUAUUUAUUGAUCUACCUCUGUUCACAUUCUGGAUAUAUAAGCUUUCCAUUGUUACACUGGCUUCUAAGUGAAAACAUUGCAAUCGCUUGUAUAUUUCUAUACCCCUCUUUACAUACAAACUCAACAAAUUCUCCAUGGUAAAAUUUCCCAUUGUUAUCCAAACUCCACCGCAGUUUGAUAUGUUUUCUCUCCAUUUCUUCUUUGGAUAAGAUACAUGGCUCUGCAAUUGAAAUGUGUAUAAUAGUUAUAUUGUGGUAAGUGGUCACUAAGAAUUACUAGAAGAAAAAAACAUUGGUUUUCACAAAUUGUAGUAUAUAGUUGUGUAGAAAUAUAGUGCUAAAGUUA